UCCGGCCGACGACACGCAGCCGCAGCCAUGGACGAGACGGCGAGGACAGAGUAUCCGGCCAUGCUGGCUCUCCUGCAGCCCGGCCAGGCCGUGCAGACGCUCAACGACCGCAUGAAGCGCAUCAACAAGAUCAACCUCGAGAUCGCCGACUGGCUCCAGGAGCGCCGUCGCGUCGAGGAGCAGUAUGUCCAGGGAAUGCGCAAGCUGGCCCAGUUCAAGGCGCCCAAUGCGCAGUCGGAGCUGGGUGUCUUCCAGCUUCCCUGGUCCCGAAUCAUCGAGUCCGUCGAACGCAUUGCCCAGUCCCACCAGCUCUUCGCCGAUCGCCUCGGCAACGAUGUCGAGCAGCCGCUCAGGAACUUCCACCAGCGCCAGGACGUCAUGAACAUGACCAACAUCUCCAACAACCUGACCACCAUGGCCCGCGAGCUCGACGAGGCGCGCGACCGCUCCGACAAGCUGACCAAGAAGGGCGGCAAGGCCAGCGCGCAAAAGGUCGACGCCGCGUCGUCCAAGCUGGAGUCGGCCACGCAGCAGUGGGAGUCGCAGGCGCCCUUCAUCUUCGAGACCCUGCAGGUGCUCGACGAGUCGCGCGUCGACCUGCUGCGCGACCUGCUAACCCAGUUCGAAACCCACGAGUCCGAUCGUGCCCAACGCGACAGCGACAUUGCCGUCGAGACGCUGGCUAUGAUGCUCGAGAUCAGCACCGAGCGGGAGAUCCAGGCCUUUGUGCAAAAGGUGACGGCCGGCAAGGCUCAGCUGCCGCCGCCCAGAACGGCCACCAGACGCUCAGCCAUGUCGCAGAACUCGGCCAGCCAGCCCAGCCUGCGAAGACUGGGAACCAUGUUUGGUGGUCGACGGCGCCAGAGUGUCCAUGCGGGCUUCGGCUCCCUCUCUCCCCAGAAGUCGCAGGGAGCUACCUUUGGGCGGCUCGGCAGCAGCCAUGGCCGCGGUGCCUCGCCAAUGGGAUCCUCCAGCAACCUCCACGAAAACAACCGGCUAUCCAUCCUCCCCGAGAUGCCCGACGCAGCUCGCAGGCCGCAGUCAUCGUCAGACGCCAUGCACAGGGAUCGGGAACGCGAGGGCGAGUUGUCGACGAACGGGAACGGAAACACGAAUGGCUUUGGGGCUGGCGAGAGUCUUUUGGAUAGUCAAGUGCCGGCGAUGCCACCUUCGAGCAGCGUCAAUGGCAAUCUCAACGUCGAGCAGCAGCACCAUCAGCAGCCCGAAGCCGCGGGUCCGGCAGAGCCGCCACCAUCGCAGCAGAGCCAGCAGCCGGAGCCCGCGCCUCAGCCAACUUCCAAGGACGACGAGGGCUUCACGAUACGAGCGCCCAUGAACGACCCCAUCUCGGAAGCCCAGCGGGAGGCUGCCAACGAAGAAAACGACCAGCUCUUCAAGCUCAACAUCCAGAACAAGCCCAUCGAGGAAGAGGACCCUGAGGCGGCCCAGGCGGCUCUCUCCAGCGUGGCCAACACGCUCAAGCUGGGCUCGGCAGCCAAUCGGCGCUCGAUGACGGUGCGAGGCCGCCGCGACGUGCGCAACACCAUCUAUGCGCCAGUGUUGCAAUUCCCCGAGAGCUACUCCGAGGGCUCCAUUCCCGCCAUGCCGGCCAUUCCCGCAUCGCCCGCCUCCCCGGCCUCUCCCCCUCGACCUCCCUCUUCCCGGCCGGCCGCCAUUGCCGCGCUUGCUUCUGAGGCUAGCGCCGCCUCUGACACCCAGUCCGUGCGGUCCGGCAAUUCGCUCAGCAGCGCGCACCCCAAGCAUCCGGAGCUGACGGCGCCUGGGCUGAACGCGUCCAUCAUCGAGACGGUCUCGGUGCUCUUUGAGGGCGGCGUGCUGAAGAGUGCGGCGGUUGCGGGCGAGAUUGCCUUUGCCAACAAUCCCACCCCUGAUGCCGAUCCUACCAAGACGCAUGAAACCAUUCGCAUCAACAACUUUGCCAACCUGGAACGCAUCGGCCCCAACCGAAUCUUUGUCCACAACGCCUCGCCCGACCAGCCCGAUCAGUUCUCGCUCGACGUCUCCCAUCUCUCCAAGACGGCCACCGCCUUCUCGUACCGUGUCUUCUCCGAAGAAGGCGGCGAGACCCCCUCCCUGGGCCGACACGCUCCUCUCCUCCUCACCCCGGCAUGGAAGCCCCAGGGCGACAAGCUGGGUCUCCUGCUGCAGUAUCAGCUCAACCCCGAUUGCAAAUGGACAGCCCCCGUGACGCUGCACAACGUCGUUUUCGUGGUGUCGUACGAGGGCAGGGCGACCGGGGCCCAGACGAAGCCCAGCGGCACCCACCUGAAGGAUAAGCACCUGGUGUACUGGCGACUGGGAGACGUGACUCUCACCGACGCCGUGCAGAAGAUUGUCUGCCGCAUUGUCGGCGCAGAUGGCGUUGAGCCGCAGCCGGGCCACGUCGAAGCCCGGUGGGAGUAUUCCGUGACGGGCGACGACGCCGUGGGCAGCGGCAUCUCCAUCUCGCGGCUGGAGACGGCGCCGAGCAGGGAGGCCGUCGAGAGCGACGACCCGUUUGCAGAUGAGAACCCUGCCAGCUCGAACCCGUCGCUCGUGGAGCAGACAUGGGUCGACGUGCCUGUGACGAGGAAGCUUGUGAGCGGCAAGUAUGAGGCCAAGUGA